AUGGAACAACCCAUUGGCUUCUGGUUUCUGGAGAAUACCGCCGCGCCGCCUCCGAACGUUGGACCGACAGAUGUCGUGGCGAACCCCAUCAGGCCGCCUGUUGCUGAACAACCGGCGGCGGGUGAGACGGAGCGUGCUGGCGAAACCACGUCCUCGGACUCUCAGCCGCGGCCAACUGAGCUCAGCACUCUCAGCACCAUCACGACGGCGGCAUCAACGACGACUUCUUCUACCGAUACAACGUCUUCCUCGUCCUCUUCAUCCACCGAGUCGAGCUCCUCCAGCUCAUCUUCUAGCCAAGCAACUGCCGAUGCUGCUUCUCAGAUUGGAUCUGACAGCGCUGGGCGGACGGUCGACCCGAAGUUGGGGAUCGCGUUCGGCUCUAUCGGUGCGGCUGCUGUCCUCCUCUGUAUCGGAGUGGGCAUUUGGUGGUGCAUGCGCCGCCGCAGUCGCAAGAAGGCCAAGCUCACGCCCCCCGCCUCCAGGGCACCGAGCCAACUCUUUACGCAGGAGGCUGCUGCUCGCCUCGACCAGCGGAGCGUACGCCGAGCGCCGUCAAGCCUCAUGGGUGAACUCAUGACGGCCGCCUACGCCGACAACCAAGGGGUCCCAGCCCAACAGUCGAUGCCUUCGCAGAACCAAUACGUCGAAAAGGGACCUCACGUUAUUGCUUCACAGGCGCCGCCCGCUGGAUUCGCCGCAAACGCACGCACAUCGAUUGCAAGCUGGGUCAACCGUCUCAACCCCUUGAGGCUAAAUGCUCCAUCCGAAGCCUACCAGUCAAGCCGUCAGAGUUCCUUGUCGGACGUCCGGCGCGCUGUACCCGCCGACGCUUCCGCCCCCCCUGUGCCGGUCGUCCCUUUUCUCUUCCAGUCCCGCACCAUGCAGAAGGAUGACGACAUGGAGCCGCUCGUCCAGCCCCCCGAACCGGCCAUCCGACCUCCCUCAAGCCGAUAUGAACUUCCCGUCGACGACGUGCACCGAUCCUCGUUCUCAUUCUACGGACGCGACCCAACGUCGAGGGACGACGUGCCUCCGCUGCGGACCAUGCGUCCCCAACGGCAACCCUCGAUGGCACCAACGAUUCACACGACCAUCAGCGGCGCAGAUACUGAGAGCUCUUGGCAAAGUUGGGGCGCCGGCCUGGGGCGGCCGCAGUACCAGCCAGACCCAAUGCCCUCCCCCAAGGGCUGGCUGCACAAGUUCCCUGGCUUCGGGCCAAAGUGA